UUUAUCGCCACAGGCCUGUCCAUCUCUCUCUUUUUUUCUUAUUUCACCCUCUCCCUCCCUUCUCUCUCGCUCUCUCUCUCUCUCCCUCUCGUCCCCAUAGCCCUCCGUCUCACCCCCCUCUACCCUCCCUCACCUUCGUGCCUGCAAGCGGCCCUACCACCGAAUCAACAAUGGCCCCAUCACACCUCUCGCUCCGGGGCGGUCCCUCCUCCACUGAGGUCCUCCCCCAGAUGCCCUUCCCUGCCCACACCGCCCUCGACCGCCAUGUCUCCCCCUCGUCAUCAUCAUCGUCACCAUCCCCAAAGCGCUCCCCCCGGCACUCAGACACAUCCACAGACCCUUUCAUCUCCUCCAGAAACGACUUCCAGCCCAUAUCCUCACAGCAACCAUCCACCUCCACCAACUCCAAGCUCGACCCCUCCGUCUCCUUCGCAGCACCCUCGCCACCAAGGUCCCCCUCCUCGAAACAAUCAUCCAGUCUAUCCUCCCAGUCCCUGGCGUCUCUCACGCCUUCCAUGUCCCCGUCGUCCAUCAUCUCAUUACAGCGGAGUGCGCGGCAAGAAAAGAGACACAUCCGUGUGCCUGUAAAUGACCAUCACCACCAAAAGAACCACAAGCAAUCCUCUCCCUCCACAGGAGCGUACAUGGUCAAGGGCAGCAGCGUAAAUCGCUCAGCGAUGCUACAAAAUAGCAGCGCUGCUCAAUUCGACGAAAAGGAAAAGGAAAAGGAAAAGGAAAAGGCCGCAAAGUUAAAUCGGGGUACCAACAGCAGCUCUAAAAUGAGCACAAAGGGGAAUCGAUUCUCAAGCUGGGCUUCGUCCAUUCGGCAGACGCUAUCCCCUUCUUCGAAAAAGGCAGCAGUCGCCAAAUCCAAGGAGGUGUCAUCGGCACCAACACCAUCUGCAUCCAAAACACCCAUAUCGCCCGUAUCGCCUCAAGAGUCGCCUAGCCCUGUCAAGAACGAGAAAUCAAGCACAAAACCGCAAGACCAUACCCCUCGCUCCAAUGCCAAUGUCAAUGUCAAUGCCAAAGCCAAAGCCAAUGCUGGCACUACCAAGACUACAGAAGCAACAGUACUCAAGUCGGCCAAUAUCUCCCACUCAAGUACUACGACCUCAUCCGGAUCCACACCCUCACAGCAGCCAAGGAUUCGCAUACUGUUGCAAGGCCGGAGUAAGAAGAUUGGAUCCGGACUCAUCACCGUCUUCUGCAUCGUAGCCGUCGUUAUCCUCAUCGUCUUAUGCUAAAGAACCAACACUCUCCCUACACUCCCCCUGUACAUAGAAUCAUUUACAAAUUGACAUUAAAGCAAACGAGUUAACGACCCCCAGGCAUUCAUCAAGCGCAUCCAUUCCGCUUCUUUAUUGUAAUGCGCCUAUCCGAACGUCCGAGACUCAACAUUUUGCAUUCCAAAAUGGAAAGUCCCCCCCCCCUCAGACAGUUUAAACCGCAAAGACAGAAGACACAGAACGUGCUCCGUCAAAGAUAAAUGUAUUGUCCAUAGGGAUGUACUGAUGCGUGAUCAACUUGAUGACCUCUUGACUGACAACACCUCCAAUAAACGAAGCAAUGUUAUGGAUCGAUCCGUUUCCGUAGCGACAGCUAGCAUGGUGGAUAUGGAAAUAGAAAGAUGAGUUCGGCAUCCAGAAGGAAUUGAAGAUGCGAGCGACAUCACGAUUCGAUGCUGCCUAAAAAAAAAACAAAUUUUCGUUCCGCUUACAUUUCGUAAGUCAGGUCCUUCGA